CUCUGAUCUCUCACCCCUCAGUCACUAGUGCCUUCUCUGCCUCUGCAAAAAUAACUUGCUAUUUAUCUCUGUGUCACCCAACUGAAUGUAAGCCUUUCAAAGAACAAGGACUGUUUCAUUUUGUAUCUUCAGUACAUAGAUAGUAUGGUGCCUGGGUAGGUAGUAGGUUCAUAAUUAAUUUUUGUUGAAUGAAUGCAGUGGUCAGUACAUGGACAGGAAAAAAGUAGAAGAAAGCCAGAUAAUGUCCAUGGGAAGCAUUGCAUCAUCACUAGAAUAGCUAUUGGAGUUGGAGCUGAAGGGGCCAAAUAGUACAGGAUCCUAAUAAAACUUGGAUGAUUCAACUAUUUUCCUUCAUAUCCUCAGGUGUAAACAGGGCCAACCUAAUUAGGAAAUUAUAUACACAGUAAUUUAUAGAGGUAAGCAUUGUAUAGCUCUCUAAGGGCGGAGAGAAAGGAGCUUUUGGUGCCACCAUAAGGAUCCUUAUUGGUGGUGAGAAAUGCCAGCAGGGAGAAAUAAACCAUGCAUGGCCCCUUUCCAGGUCUUCAUACUUGGUUGAUACAUCAGGAAAGGGAGUAUACCAUUAAACUUUUUUUAAUGUGACCUGAUGAGUAUAUUUUUAGGGUGUUGUCAUAUGAGGCUUGUUUACACAGGUAUAUUAACUCCUUUGGCAUCCACUGGCUGGCAUGAAUGGCAUCCACUGGCUCAGGUCACAUGGAAGGAAGGGGGACUGGGACAGGCUUUUAUCCCAAAACCAGGGAGUAACUGGCUCCAAUCUGUUCCUGCAUGUGAGGUGCCCAUGCCAGCCCCAAACUUCCACCAAGCCUGAGGCUCCUGGCCAACCACACAGCUCUGUAAGAAGCCCAAUCAAAAAAGAAGCUACUCCAAGGUUUUCUCUUCAGUUGUUUGGAUUCAACUCAAAGCAGAAGUUAUUCUCGAUCAGACUGGGAGAGAUGGCAUCAGUUCUGGCAAGUCCGUGCCCUUUAUUGCUUCUCUUUCUGGGACUGUGGGAGGUCCCGGUCAGCACAAAGCCCGAGAACCUGACCCAUGCCCAGUGGUUCCAACUUCAACAUGUACAGCCUAGCCCUCUCAAGUGCAACAGGGCCAUGGGAAGGAUUAACUAUUACAAACAGCACUGUAAGCGCCUUAACACCUUCCUACAUGACUCUUUCCCAAAUGUGGCCACUGUCUGUGAAUCCCCCAGUAUGGCCUGUAAGAAUGGACAGGAGAACUGUCAUCAGAGCCCUGGCACGAUUUCUAUGACCCAAUGUGACCUCACCUCUGGGAAAUACCCCAACUGCAAGUACAGCAACACUGCCCUUGACAGAGCCUUCAUUGUGGCCUGUGAUCCCCCCGAAGCUGGGGAUCCCCCUGGGUAUCAGCUGGUUCCUGUGCACCUGGAGCGAACCAUUUAGCACCUGAAUCCUCUGUCCAAGACUACAUUUGGAAAGCUGACCCAUUGGUUUUCUUGUUGCCUUCUGCACUGGCCCCUAGAGACCCUCUCUUCUAGUUUAGACUUUCCAGGGGAUAAAUAAUGUUGACAGACUGAAGAAAAAUAACUACUGGAAGUAAAGCCAAGAAGAAGACUGCUAUUAAUCCUUUCUUUGCUGCUUCUCCGCACCCAUGCUCAAUAAGACUAAACCAUGGAUUUUCAUUCCAUUAUCCCUCUCUAUCACUACCAUUUUUCUAUCCUACCCCCUACUCCCACAGCCCAGGGACCCCAAUGGAAAGAAAUUGGCAAUAAUUAUCAAUGAACAAUAAGUUUUCUUAUGUGUUGGGCACUGUGCUUAGUGCUGAAGAUACAAAUUUAAAAAAAAAUUUUAAGCUAGCUCCUGUCCCCAAGGAUCUUAUAAUUUAAUGGGAGAUGACAACAUGCAAAAGGAAGCUGGAAAGAAUGGGGACAAGGUGUAUCUGUCACAGAUAUGGUGGAAAAGUCAGAGAUUUCCCAAAGUAGUACAGCCUGGUGAAAAAUCAGAUGUUCUGAGCUGAGCUCCCUCCUAAAGGUUUUGGAGUUAAUGGGUCCACUCUUCAAUCAGAGGGGCAGAGGGUAGUGCUGAGGUAGAAUACUGAGGCUGAUGAGAACUUGCAGAAUGAUGUUUUCUCAAUAAUGAGCUUCCUGGUUGCUCAUUGGCUACGGGAGGUGGAGGGGAGGGAAAGAACAUGAUUCAUGUAACCAUGGGAAAAUAUUCUAAAUUGCUAAACUGCUAAACUUUUUAAAAAAAGAAUAUCAAGGGGAAAAAAAUAAUGAGCUUCCUGGGGUAUGGUGGGAAAGUCAGGAAUGUCCCAGUGUAGUAUAGUCAGGUAAGAAAUGAGUUAAACUCUCUUCUUAAACGGAAGUUUUGAAGUCAUUGGUUCCAUCUUUUGAUCUUCAAUCAGAGGGGCAGAUACACAAAUAUUUAUUAAGUUGAGAAGUCCAUGGAGAUGGGAGCAGGAACUACUCCUGCCCCACCCUAGAGUAAACUAUAUUAGACCUGGGAGAGGAAUGGAGAAGAAUUCCAUAUUUCCUCCAGCUCAAAGUCCUGAUAACCCUGUAUGGGGAAGGAGCUAAUGAUGAGAUGUCAUGGCACAGUAGAAAGACCAAGAAUAUAGCUAUGAGGCAACUUCUUAUUAUUAUCUCUAUUUUAUAAUGAGAAAAGGGAGGCUUAAAGAGAUUAAGCAAUUUGCACAUAGCCAUAUGGGCUCAAGAUGUCCAAAAUAUGAUUUGAACCCAGGUCGUUCUACUUCAAACCCAGCAUUCUAUCCAGGCUCCAAGUCAAACAGUACCCACCAUGCUUCAUUUGGAGAAAGGCUUAAAAUGAGGCAAGCAGGCCCAGAGAAGAGUUAUGUGACUUUCCAAAGGUUCCUAGCUUACUAGUGGUCAAACCAGUAAUAGAAUCUGGCUGUCCCGAUGUCAACAUCUGUGUUCUGUACAACACAACUGAGAAAAAAGUUGAAUACUGUUCAGAGUCAAGGACAGCAUCAUGUAUAUAAGCAGAACCACCCCUUCCACCUGCCUCCAACAGUUCUGACCAGAGCAUACCCACAGAGCUUGCUCCAAUAACACAUUGACCCCAACCCUUUCCAGGUGGCCAGAAGUACUGGUUCAGUAUUGAAAGACCUGGUACUUUGAGAUGAUGCAGCAAUUACUUGAUGGGGGAGGUAGGGUAGGGGGCCACAUCAAAGCUUCAUUAGAGGAGCAGCUAGGCUGCUCGAUGGUUUGAGAGUUAGACCGAGAGACUUGGGGGGCAGGGGGGUUACUGGAUUCAGAUCUGGCCUCAGACACUUACUUGUUAUGUGACCCUGGGCAAGUCACUUAACCCCAGUUGCCUAACCCUUACCACUCUUCUGCCUCGGAACUUAUAUCUAAUAGUGGUUUAAAGAUGGAAAGUAAGGAGUUAGGUUUUUUAAAGCUUCAUUACAGAGGGUUGGCCACUAAAAUCCAGAAGAGUUCGUCCCAUCUCAGUAGACCUUAAAAUAAAUGUCCAGAAAAUCUAUAUUGCAUAAAUGCGCAGGUAUAACCUAUAUCAGACUCUAUCAGACUAUUUACUGCUGUGGGGAAUGGAAGAAGGAAGAGAGGGAGAAAAUCUGAAUACUAAAAUGUUAGAAAAUAAUUGUCAAAAGUGGUUUUUAUGUGGAACUGAAAAAAAUACAUGAAUAAAUUUUUUUUAAUUAGUGUCCAUAUGCUGACACUCUGUCUUUUUACUCAAGGACUUGACACAUGAUAUUAUCUCUCCCUGGGACUUCCUGUGAAGUGACUU